CUCGAUAACUGGCUCCAAGUCUGCGCGGGGGAACCAAGCCUUGGUACUUAGCCGGUGUAUAAAACUUACCUACGCCCAAUCCACGAUCUUGUAUCUUAUUAUAUUCAUUCAAGAACUCACCAAUAUGGACGCUCCCAUUAAAAGACCAUGGAUCGAAACCCCUCUCAUUGAGUCGGCCACCCUCUCCAAGCAAGCAGGAUGCCGCAUCUUUCUUAAACUAGACCUUCUCCAACCAUCCGGCUCCUUCAAAUCCCGGGGAAUCGGCAACCUCAUCCUCUCCAAAUUAAAGGAAAAUGCCACCAAAGCCAAGAAUGUGCACUUCUACAGUUCCUCCGGCGGUAAUGCCGGUCUAGCCGCCGUCCACGCGGCUCGCGAUCUAGGCUGCGCCUGCACCGUGAUCGUUCCACAUAGCACAAAGCCAAUGAUGAUAGCUAAGCUACGGGAUGCCGGGGCCACGGAGGUGAUUCAGCAUGGGGCGAGUUGGUUCGAGGCGGAUACGUAUCUGCGGCGGGAGUUUAUUGAGAAUCAAGUCCCAAGUCAAACCUAUCCAGACCCGGGCUCUGGUUCUGGUUUGGCGGAUACUGUGAACGUAUAUGUCCCGCCAUUCGAUCACCCGUUGGUUUGGGAGGGUGCUGGAGGUAUGAUUGCUGAGAUGGCGAGACAGUUACCGCCACGGGAGGAGGGGGAGCAGGGCGUUUUUCCGGCGGAUGUUAUUGUGUGCAGUGUUGGUGGUGGUGGGUUGUUUAAUGGGGUCAUUGAGGGGUUGGAGAAGUAUAUCAAGGCUUCUCCAUCAUCUCCGUCCACUGCGGGAGCCUCUCCAUCAAAGAACGUUCAUGUUCUCGCGGUCGAAACGCGCGGCGCAGACUCAUUAGCGCACUCGCUUCGACAAGGCAAACUUUCAUCCCUGACUGCCAUCGAGUCACAAGCUACCUCUUUAGGCGCACUAUGCGUUGCAGAAAAGUCUUUUGCAAAUGCCCAGUCCCCGCCGGCGGGCAUUAAUGUCACCAGCGUUGUAGGCUCGGACGCCGAGGCUGCGAAGGGUGUGGUGCGAUUGGCGGAUGAGACUCGGUUGCAGGUGGAGCUAGCGUGUGGGAUUAGUUUGGAUGUUGCGGUUGGAGAGCGGUUGAAGGAAGUAAUUCCAGAUUUGAGGCCGGAGACGAGAGUAGUGGUUGUUGUUUGUGGCGGAAGUAAUAUCACGGCUGAGAUGAUUGCGGAGUAUAGAGUGAAGUUGCAGGAUGGGUGGGUUUGAGUGCAUUGUGAUUAGAUUAGAUUAGAUUUGUUCAGAUCCACGGAUUGGAUUUUACUCAAG